GUGCGACGCACGUGAGUGAAAAGCACGGUUGAAUAUUACACAUCAACCCAUAAGAAACGGAACAUGAAAUGAAAAGUGGAACAUUGCAAUUUCAAUUGCAACUUCAGUUUCACUUCUCUGUUACAACUCUCGCUAUGUUUCUUCUCAAGACAUGGAGACAAUCUGCUUUUGGUGUUUAUGGUUACCUCAAUUUCACCAAACCAGCUUUUCUUGAGCAUUCAAAGAAAUUCAAACCAGAGGAAAUGGAAACACAAAUACCAGGGAAGAACUGCAUUGUUACAGGGGCAAACUCGGGAAUUGGUUAUGCAACGGCUGAGGGUCUCGCGCAGCGUGGUGCAACCGUCUAUCUUGUAUGUCGUAAUAAGGAGAGAGGAGAGGCUGCUCUUUCUCAAAUUCAAACUAAAACUGGCAAUCAAAAUGUAUAUUUGGAGAUUUGUGAUCUGUCAUCUGUCACGGAAAUCAAGUCACUUGCUUCCAGAUUUUCUAAAAGGAAUGUGCCUCUACAUGUUUUGGUUAACAAUGCUGGCUUGAUUGAGCAAAAUCGAGUGACCACAUCGGAGGGGUUUGAGUUGAACUUUGCCGUUAGUGUAUUAGGUACUUACGCAGUGACUGAAUUGAUGGUACCAUUACUGGAGAAAGCUUCACCUGACGCACGCGUCAUUACGGUUUCUUCUGGUGGAAUGUAUAGUACUCCCUUGACCAAAGAUCUACAGUUUUCUGAGAGCAACUUUAAUGGGACUGAACAGUAUGCUCGAAACAAGCGUGUUCAGGUUGCACUAACAGAAAAUUGGGGUGAGACAUAUAAGAACAAGGGUAUAGGGUUUUAUGCAAUGCAUCCAGGUUGGGCUGAAACUCCUGGCGUUGCAAAAAGCUUACCAAACUUUUCAAAAUCGCUUUCGGGGAAGCUAAGAACAAGUGAAGAAGGUGCAGACACAGUUAUUUGGUUGGCAUUACAGCCAAAAGAGAAUUUAGUAUCUGGUGGAUUUUAUUUUGAUAGAGCCGAAGCUCCUAAGCACCUUCGAUUUGCUGCUACAAAUGGUUCUCAUUCUGUGAUCAACUCUAUCGUUGAGAGUCUUCGUUCCAUGGCAUCUCUUUAAGAUUAAGUAGAGCCUGUUUGGAUAAACAAACUUAACUUGCAGCUUAUAGCAUAAACACUUAUCAUGUCAUAAGCUGUUUUUGGAAGUUCUCCCAAACAUCUCACAAGUGUUUAUGCCAGUAGAUAAACUCAAAUAAGUCAAUCCAAACAUAUCCUAGCUAGUGUACUUGUGCCUUGAAAGUAAACUAUAACAGUUGUAAUUAAUCAUAGAACCUGUUUUUAGGUAAUAUAGCAUUGCCAAAAUUAGUGAGAAUAUAUAAGUUGUUUUCAUUAAUCAUCAAUAGCCUAUUCUUCAAACCAAACAAAAAAUUUGUGAUGCAUUAACAAUUCAUGACGGAGUAGAAACAAGUUAUGAAGUGUACAUUUUCCUUAAGUUGUAUUAUUGUAUAUGAAUAAGCUUCUAUGGAACUAUUGGCACUUGAAUGAAGACGAAAUCUGUCGUCGAAAGAUUGUCAUCUUGCUUCUUAUUUUUAUUUUUCCUCA